CUUCAAUUCAUUUGCAACUGUCGUGACGUACGGACGUAAAAUACAUUCACGGAAACGGAUGCGCGUACUAAUACAUACUGAAUUUAUAAUUUUUUUCUUUCUCACUGAAAGAAAGAAAAUAUUUUAGACACACUUUAGGUUUUCUCCCAAAGAAUAGUACUAAAAGUUGUUAACAAAUUUCAAUUUGAAAAACCACGUAGUUUUUCAUAAAAGAAAAGUGAAUUGUUUUUUUUUCGUGUUUUUGCAUGUGUGCGUGAAAAGUGUUUGGUGAUUCAGAGAAAAGUAGACUUUGCAAAGUGCAAAAUACGUAGGAGCGAAAAAAGUGGAAGUCGCGCCGCAGUGGUAGAAGUUGCAGAAGAGGAUGCAAAAAAUCGAAUUGUAGCGAAACGAAACGAGUGUAGUGCUAAAUAGAAAAGAAAAACAUGCAAAUGUAUGUAUGUACACAGGUACGUACAUUUGUAGAAGUUAAAACGUAAACGAGCAAACCAGUUUUAUAAAAAACGAACUGAUUUCCAAGCUAAACUGACUAAAUAAUUUUUACAAAAGCAAAUACAACCAACUAUACAACAAACAAAUCGGUCAACCAACUCCACUUGGCGGUGCUGCAAUUCAUUCAAUUCAAAUGGUAAAUGAAAGUGCAAUUCUAGUGAAGUGAAACUCCAAAGAGAAAUGGAAAAAUUAAUUCGCAUUUUAUUCAUAUGGUUGGGCAUACGUACGCACAUGUGUGGUGUGUUUUUGUUAAUACCGUAUUAGUAAGGACUAAUCGAUAUUGCGGUCGUUUGAAACUCCAAUUUAAGAUCUUGCAUGCACAAAUACAUGCAUACAUAUGUUAUUAUAUUUCGUAUUAAAAAUCGUGUAAAUUAUGUAAAACUCUUUUAACAAACUUUUCACAUAUGCUAACAAACAUGCAUACAUAAAAUGCCCAUAAUAAUAAAAUCCUUGAUACAUAAAACUGAAAAUAUUCCCAUGAUUGUUGUUGUGGUAGAAAGCAUAUUAACUGUCAUUUUUCUUCAAUGUUGCCACCGAAAUCUUCCUAGAAUCGAAAAUUUUCGUAAUCCGCUGAAAUUAUGAGGACUGAAACUAGUUGCCCAUCCGCAUAAAUUGCACUUAAUUUAUGAGAUAAUUCCAAAUUAAGUCUUUAAUCCUGAAUAACGCCGCAAUCUGCCUAGUCUAUUACAAAUAGAUUUGUUAGCAUUAAGGCGUGCAUUCUAUUACAAAUUCACGGAAAAGCAGAAGGAACUCUGUGUGACUCAUUACUCAACUCUAAUUAAAUCAUCAUUCUGAAAGAAUAAAACUGGUUAUCCGACUGUUUUCUAUUGAAUGUUUUGGAAGAUUGUGCAACCAGAUUCUCAAAAGGUUAAUUAUACACUAAUAGCAGUGUAACAUGAAAACAAAAACAAACAACUGCACCGAUAAUAGCAUUAAGAGCAACACAAAGCAAUAGCAACAAAAAUGGCAGUUCAAGAGAUAAACAACGCCGCCUGUAGCGCCUGAAAAAAGGCAGCAGACGCCAUAAAUCAGUGACAACGGCAAAAUGUUCAUAGAAGUUUAUCAACAGCAGCAGCAGCAGCACCAGUUAAACAAAUCAACAACAGCAAAUAGCUACAACAAACACCAUUACAACAAAUAAAGCUAAAGACGAACGUGAACACUACUUAAAGCUGCCACAACAACGCUUAGCACCGACAACAAAGUGAACUUAAUACGAAUGUGUAAACAAAACUACAAGUAACAAUAACAAAAAAGAGAAGAAAACAACACAAAACACACACAAGAAACAAAUUCAGUGAAGCUGCAUCUACAAAAACAGUAGCGUUUCUAGCAAAAACAACCAUUAUACAGUAAUAGUGACAGCAGCAACAUAAAAACGUGCAAUCCGCCGACUAGCAGAGAGACAGACAGAUAGUCGUGUUGCUCUUGUAGUCAUUUUUUUUUUGUUGUUGCAUUAUUAGCACUCAAUCAGUAGCGAUAUACAGUUGCAGUGAGCAAUAAACAUCUUAUACCUGGAGUUGCAGUGUAGAUGUUGGGCGAAGUGUUUGCUAUUUAGAAGUUGGGAAGGAACUCCAACCAGUUCGUGUGUGAGGUGUUUACACGAAAGUCAGCUGCGAUAUAUAAAACUUAGCAAAAACAAGGGUGGAACAACGAAGCCAAUCGUGAUUCAGUUAUCGGGGCAAGUUAGUAAACGUACACGGUGGCAGCAACAAAAUACACAGUUGACUGUAGCAACAAUAAAUAAAAUAAAAACCUCACAGCGUUGUGUAACACAAUUAAAUUGUGCAGCGGAAAAACUCUAGAUUACCACAAAACAAAGCAAAAAACAUAAAAAAGAAACGGCAAUAGCAACAAGCGCGAUAAGUGCAAUAGAACACUGCUGCCACUACGAGCCGUCAGUAGCCCGAUUUGAUUGAGCGACAGCGCUGAUUGAGUGUCACCAGUGUCAAAGGAAUGCAGCUAAGCAAAAAGUAGUGGACAACCAUCGGUGUAGCCAAUGCAGCAGAUGCAUCUGUUGUCAAGCAUAAUUGCCAACCGAGACUUUUCGCAUUUCCUCAUGUUAAGUGCGUUGCCAUGUGAAGACGCAACGGUCACUACUCGUAGAAAUAGUUGCAACUAGAAUAGCAUACAGCAGAGACGCCGAGUGAAAAAAGAGGCAGUGUGUUUGAGGCAAAAGCAAGCCAGCAACAGUAACAGUAAAUAUCUUUGCUUUAAUUUUAAGUUGCUGCAAUUUGAGUCAACAACAGAAGCACAGUGAAAUUUUUGUGUAAUUGUUUUGCCUUGUGUAAACGCUAAAAUAAAUGCGACAAAGCGGCGUUGGACUGCAGACACAUACAUAUGCACGCAUUAUCGCAUACAAAACACUGAAUAGAAGUAUUCUGUGAAACAGAGAUCCAGUGUGGCAGACAAUAAACACAGUACAAACGGCAUUCAUAGUGAAACGGCAUCGUCCACAAAAUACGUACCCAACGGCAAAGCGAAUAAAAGUCGCAAUUUAAACCCAGCAGAUAGUCGCCAUUUUUUAUAGCUACUGGCUAAUGCUACAGCCUGGGAAUAACACUUAAUUUAGAAUUGCAAUUGUGUGUGUGAGUGUGGGGUUUUUUUCUUCUUUACUUUUCUACGGUUUCCUUUUUCGUUGCCGUUGAAUUGCAAUCAACAACAAAAACGCAUUUGAUGGUGUGGCGACAAAAGUCAAAAGAAUUCGCAGAGCGUGACUGCAGCGUGUGGAAGCAUUAAAGCAAAACGGGAGAUCGGUUUGCUAGUAAAAGAGCAAACAAACAAAAGAAAAUAACCAAAAAAGAGAAACAUAAAAAUCCACAGUUACAACAUAAACGUCGCUAAUACACGAGCAGCAUUUGCAUGCACCGGUGGCAACACAACAAUUUGCCUAAUGAAGCAUUAGGUAGUCUGACACAGCAACUUACGGCACAACAACAAACAAAAGCUGCUUUAGCAACAAAAGCCUUUCCCACAGCAAUUGUAAGCGAAGAGCAAACAAAGAAACAGUGACAACAACAACGACUACUAAAAUGGAUAGUACAGCGCAUUCACCAGCAGCACCCGUUCCGUCUGUGGCACAGCGUUCCGGCGUGACUACCAAUGGCCUUGAUUUAACAUCUCUGCCUCCAGUAGCGCCCAUACGUCAUGGGCGCCCAUUGCCCGCACAACGUGCUGGCAGCGGCUGUGCCAGCAACAAUGACAGCAGCUCAUCCACGACCACCUCUUCGCCGCCCCAGUACAGCGAGGAUGUGCGGCGCACAAAUAUGCCCACCACAUUAGAUCUACUACCACGUCAGGGCAGUGUAUCGUCCACAAAGACGUGUGAAGUCGAUUUGGGCGAUGAGGAACGCGAUACUUUUUCGCCAGUAAGCACCGGCACAAGCACAAGCGGUGGCUGUGAUGAUGGCAGCAGCACUCAAAGUAGUCCUAGUGGUGCAGCAAUGCUUGCUGCUGGCGGUGAUAGUAUUAACAGUGCAACAGCACCAGCAGCAGCUGCUGUAGCAGUGGCAACUGCAUACGACAAUAAAGUGUUUGAAGGCGUGCAUUUGCCCACCGUUGCACCUACACCGGCUGCUCGCCUGAAGGUGAAUAGCAAUGGCAGUAGUGGUGUUGGUGCUGGUGUUAGUGGAGGCCACCAUUCCACUUCAAAGGAGGAGAAACAGCGGCAAAAUGAGGAAAUUGUAAUUAUGGAGACGUCGUCGAUUUCUUCAGAGACUGGCUCUUGGGAAUCUGUUUUUCCACACGCGAGCAGUAUUGCAACUGGCACCGCAAUGUCAACAGUCGCUGUAUCGGCAGGCGUGCCCAUUGCCAGUACCAACACAGCGGCAGUAAGCAAACCUUGUGAGGUUAAUUUGCCUGCUUUUGGCACAGAAUUCUUGCAAGGUGAAGGCAAACCGUCGCAAACACCAUUUGAGCAACCGAAAGAGCGCGACAAAACCGGCGCCACUGAUUUACAAACUCAUUUACUUAAAGAGCCGGAUAUCUCGCCCUACCUACGGGAACGCACCUACUCCACGGGCGCGUCUGUGACAGCCGACACCAGUUCACUCUUUACCGGUGUCAGUACGCACUCUUUAUUGCGUGACCUUGAAAGACGUGAGAAUGGAAUGAAUUCAUCGGGGCACAGCGCUUGCUUUAUUGACGCUUCGUCGCUGCGUGAUGAAGAUGAAGUGCUCUCCUUCCCAAGUCUCGACGGACAGCAAUCGAACGAAGAUGCAAAGGAUAUUGAAGAAUGUGUGGAAGAGCCAAAGCAAGUAGAAGAAGAAGACGAGGAUUCGCCUACCAAAAAACUUGAAUCAUUCCAUAAAGCUUUUGCUAAAUGCAAAGUGAAAUCUAAGGAUUUGUCCGAGCCAGUGGAAACGUUUAAUUUAUCAAAGUCAAGUUCUAGCUCAAAUUCCGGCGCCGAUUCACCACAAAAACAAAUCUCAGCAGCCUCUGCCACGUCUACAAAUAAUCUCUCUGACGAGGAGAAACUAUGGAAGCGCGAGCACGAGAAUCAAAAGGCUCCAUUGAACACCGAAACCAAGGAACCCGUUGGUAAGAUCGCUCAACUUGUUCAACAGCAAAAUGCAUCUGCGCAUGAGGAUGCCACUGAAGCUUCGGUAUCCUUAGCAGCUGAUGCCGAUUCAUCUGACUCCUCUGAGAUUGUUAAACUGCGUCGUGAGCAAGAACAUAAGCAGCGUGGCCCAUAUAUUUUCCAACACAACAUGCAGCAGUUUAGUAUUCAUCCAUUGGCUGUAAGUCCAAAAUUUUCAAUGCACGGGUCAGCCGGCGCCAAUAUCACUCAUCCAAAUACCGUACAUGCCGCUCACAGUGAUCUCAGUUAUACAACCGACUACUCGUCGUCUAGUCCCGCGCCGAGCCUAGUUUGGUCCGAACAUGAACAUCGACCAAGUCUUAGCGGACGGGUUCACGUCGAUGACUCUGAUAGUCAUUUGCAUAAGAUAUUUGCUCAGCCAGACACACCGCACAACUCUAUAGCCCAUAUAGAAAACGCUUCAAGUAACAACUCUUCCAUACAUCGGGACUAUACAAUGUCAUCCUCACUAUCACACCAACGCGAUUCCGGCGCAUACUGCAGUGACGCCACAGACUCACCGGUACCAAUGCCUCGUACUCCGAAACGUUCUAAGUUCGAUGAAGCGAAUCCGAUCAUUUCCGGCGGUGCAUCAAUUAAAGACUUCGCGCCCAAACAGUGCGAGAGUCCACCCGUACAACGGCGACUGGAAUCAUGUCCAAUAGUUUCAGGUGGAUUCGCAUCGUUGGAAUUUGAACCAGCACGUCCACUAGCCGAUGAUGAUGAUGAGCAGGUGGAAAUGCGUUCAAGGCCAAAAACGCGUAAACCUAUUCCUGGUAUUGCAUCAUGGGUUGUGGACAUGAGCGACUGUCGACCGGAACGUCGUAAAAGUACCAGCUCAACUUCAAGUAUGGAAGUGUCUGCAAAUAAAUUUCGAGAACGUUCCGAUUCUACAAGCUCGCACAAGAGUGGUUGUGGCUUUUAUGUAUCUUUGGAUAACAUGGAUAAAAAGCCCAAUACCGAAGAUCUCAAUAAAACACAAAUAAAACCACAGAUGAGCAAAUCAUAUACGGCCCCCAAGCCGGCUGGCUUUUUUGUAAAUCUCUCAAAGAGUGAAUAUGCACCAGCCGAUGGAGAGAAAGCUACGGAGCUGAAGGGAGAAGAGCCGACAACAGAUAAGAAAAAUAUUUUUAGUAUGUUUAUAGAUAUUGGAGAAUGUAAGAAACCACCCGGUAGCAUGCCUAGAAAAGAGCCAUUCAGUUUAGCACAACGACUAUCAAGCUCCUAUGCUUCGCAUACAGCCCAGCGUCGCCCGGAUGAUGUGAUGCGUUCGAGCGCUAGCUCUACGGAAACACUAAUGGCGAAGAGCAGCAGUUUAAAGAUGAACGCAGACAGUGAAAUUUCUGGAGAAAGUAAGUCACUUGACUAUAAGUGUAACCUUGAGCCACCUAUAACUGUGGCAGCCAUACGGCGUAUUUCACAGCAGCAGCGCACACAAAACGAUGCAACCAAACGACAUUCGUGGGGAAAUAAUCCAUCAAAAGAAGGUGUGGCAUGCGAUUACAAACGCUCCAUCAGCCUUACAGCAAACGGCGAUUCAAAAGAGAAUGGUGGUAACGGAUUAAUGAGUAUUAUAGAUAAAAUACCGUUGAUUUCAAAGGCGUCCUCUUUGUCGGUAGAUAGCUCACUAUCACCUUUCGAUGAGUAUACUGGCUCCAAGUCAGAACUUAGCACUUGUUCCAAUAAUUCCGCGCGGAAUUCGAUGUCUGGUGGCGAACGUGACGAUGAAGUUUCUCAUGCUAGCGCUGCCGCGAAUAAUAGUGGAAGAGUUAAGAGGCGGCGCCGAGAUGUACAAAUCAAUGAAACAUUUGACAAAAGUAGUUUGGCUUCCAUAACGGACGGUGUGCUUUCCAAAGAUAUGUCACCAGCAUCCACCACUGAUACGGACGACUUGACUUUCCAGCAGGAUGAGGAACAAGCGAUGCGAGAAGCUGCAUUGCAACAACAGCAGCCACUUCAACAAGUGCCCUCAAAUCGCUCAUCAGCUAUUAUAAUGGAAACCAUAAUUGAGGCCAAGGAGACCUCCUCGCCUAAGAAAAAUGCCUCCGGACAUACGAUGGAGAGUCUACAUGCUACCAUAGAGAAACAGAAGAUGCUACUCGAAACUGUGAACGAACACGGCGAAGUGGAGAAGGGCAAAUUUGUAAAGCUGUCAGACAUGGAUAAGCCUGCAAAGUUCGAACUACACUCACCCGAGUCGAUGAGCAAGAGUGUUGGUAAUCAUCGCCAAAUCAAUCGGCUAUUUCGCGACGAUUCGAAAACGCGACCACAUUCAUGGACAAUGACACGUUCCCAAGGCAAUAGUUUCCUCAGUAUAACCAAUUCAGUGGAAAACAUACGCAGUUUAUCGCGUCUUUUCCCCAACUUCUCGAAAGAAUUCUCAAAUUCGCUGCCGAAUGACAUCAUAUGUGACCAAAUGGACUAUAUACAGACCGAUAUUAGCGGCGAUUCUAGUCUCGCCUCGAGUUUUAGUCGUUCCGGCAUGGAUGAGUCUUCCAUAUCGUGUCGUCAGCCACGUAGACUGGGCGAGGACUUGUUAAAAAUGUUCCUGCAAGAAGUUGCCACCGACAUGAUUGUCGAGGUGCAUGGACGACGCAUCAAGGCGCACAAGUGUAUUCUGCGCUCGCGUUGUCAGUAUUUUGCGGCUAUGUUGGCGGGCAGUGGUGCGCAGAGUGUAGUUUCACUACAAGGUUAUUCCUAUUCCGCUGUCCAUUUUGCAUUAUGUCACAUCUAUUCUGGCGCCUCGCAUCCACCAGAUGGCAUUAGUCUGAUGGAAUUGGCGGCGUUGGCUGAUCUGCUCGGCUUGGAAGGUUUGAAAGAAGUGACGGCGCACGCGUUGAAAACAAAUUAUUGCCACAAUUUCCACAAGCCCUGUUCGGGUUGUAUCGAUGGCAUUUUGCAGGUGUUGCCUGUGGCAUUGACUCACUCGUUGGAUGAUUUGUAUCGCAAAUGUUUGCGUUGGACAUGCCGUCAUUACAUGAAGGUUUGGCCAACACGUCAGUUUGCGCAACUACCAGCGGACAUACUGGGGCGAUGCCGGCAGCAAAUUGUCGCCUAUAUGACUUCGGAGAGCGUGUUGGACACAGUGCUCGACUGUGAUAAUCUACUGACGCAGUUAGCGACGUACCGCUGGAGCGGUAUCUGUGAGAGCCUCGUACGUGACAUACUAGACGCCGCCUACACCUACAUUGCCGAUCACUUUGCCAGCCUGAUAGCGAGCGACUCAUUCCUCUCGCUUGGCCAUGAUCGAAGUUGCCACAUACCGCGACUGGAGAGUGUACUAUUGCGCACAGCAUCUUCGCUCACACCAGAUCAAGCAUGUCGCAGCUAUCAGCGUGUCACGCGCCUUAAUACCGUGUUGCAGGCGAAAGUCAUACAAAUGCCGGCUAAUCUGGGUGAAUUGGCGAAGGAGUUGCAGGGCUUGCAAGAGGAGGAUUUAGAUUGGGAUGCUGAGUAUAUACGCUUGGUAAGCGCCAUACUUUCUGCCGUUGAGCAAUGUCUCAUACGACAAUGUUCACGUGCAAUGCGCGUAACUGCUUGGCAGCGCAUGGAUCUCGAUUUGCGUAAAAAGAUACAAACGUUGGCGCGUCUCACUGAACCAAUGGAUCUGAAGCGAAGCAAACCGGUCUCAAAAGCGUUCACAUUCAGUGGCAGCACACGCAACCAGGAUCUGCAUCAGGUGAAGUUGGCAAUACAAGCGCACUCGAAGCGCGCCAUGGCACAAGACACACAACUGUAUAAGGCAACGCAGACCCAGGAGGUUGGUAAUGUGCAGACAACCGAGCGCGGUGUACAGGCUAACAACGAUCUACGCGACGGCACAAGUAAAAUUCUCAAAUCGAACUCACGUGUGCAUGUGCCCCAGACGCUUCGGGCAAGUUCACAGAGUACUACUACUUCGGAGCGCAAUAGUGUAAACAUGCAUCGCCGCACUCAAUCCGAAGCACCGGUGCAUUUUAACAAAGUUUCCGCGCCUGCGCCUGCAGUACCACUAAAGCCUACUAGCGCCGAAACGAAGUCCGAUUCGAGCAAGAAAACAGUACCUCGCCUGUCCGACGUACGACCACGUUACCUGGAGCCGCGCAAAGUGCACGCUCCGGCCGGUUUCGGCAGCGGUCCCGUACGUAGUGCCACCAGUUCUAGCAUACCGGCCACCACCAAAGGUAAAGGCCGUCAGAUCUCAUCCAGCGACAGUUCGCGCACUUCCAGUCCAGCAGCUCGUAAAAACGCGAACCAAAUUGGACGCAAGUCUAUUAAUAUGUCGCUUGACAGUUUGGCAUCACCAUCGCGACGUGGCCGCAAUAUGCGCCUCAAAGCCACCGACAAUGCCGACCGUUUUUCGGAUCGUGGCGGUGAUUCGCUUGCGGACAGCAUGAAAAGUUCAGUGAUUACAAAUAAGGCGAUCUCACAGGAGUCGCUCUCCAGUGUCAUCAAGCUGUCGCGUUCGAAUCCGCUCAUUGGCAACAGCGGCAAACAGUUGGCAACUAUCGGUGGCAAGUUGCAAAAUGGUAAAACGUCAAAUGGCGUCGCGAAAACGAAUCGUGCGCCGAGCAUCGGUACCAAACCGCCAAAGCAUUUGCAACAGCAAAACAUAAAAUCAACCGGUUCGAGUCCUUCUUCAGUAACCACAACCAAGUCAGCGACAAGCCGCCUAUCGUCCGUAUCAUCCACACACUCAUCACGCGACAUGUUCAAAAACCGUUCGAUUUCGAUGCCGGGUCAAUCGUCAUCACAGAACACAGCUGGCGGUAAUCAACCUGGUACAGGUGGUGGACCGCGUAAAAGCUUCUUGUCGGCUAAGUCGCGAGAGAUACUCGCUCGCCGAGCCGAGAAAAACAAAUUACAACAGCAACAACAACAAAUGCAACAAGCCGCUAAUAGCUCCGGUGAUGAACGGAGCAACAAUAAAUACGCCGUCCCCGCACCCACCAAUAAGCAACAGCACCACCAUCAACACACCGGUCCAAUUCGUUCCGCUUCGCACACAGCCGUCACAGCAGUGACCAAUGCAAAUAAUACACGCAACUCGCUGCCUUCUAAUAUACCAACACGUCGCCCCAACUCGCUGCAAUUAAAGAAAUCUACAAAUAACGUAACUAUUAGCAACCAAAACAACAACAAAAUCAUUAACGCCACCAACGGCGUGUUGAAGGCAGCGCAUGCGGUCAAACAGAAAAUCGAAUUGUUUAUCGACACAUCUACAUCAGCAGGUGGCCGCGACGAGAAGGUGACACCACCAUCACAAGUGGAGCAAAAAACAAUAAACCAACAACAGCAGCCACGUUGCGAAACGAAAUUGGAACGCUCGAGUACAUUUUGUAAGGAGACCUCCGAUAUGGACAUCAAUGAAUUGCAGAUUAUCGAGUAGAGAGGGGAAUGAAAUUUGGCGGGAACUCAGUCGUAAAUGAGAUCGCCACGAGAGGAAGAAUAAUGCUGCAUUCAUGGAGGAGAACAAUACGUAACUGUAAACACACUUACGUCCGCACUAUGAACGCCACUCUAGUCAAUAAUAAAGGAGAAUUGCUGUUAAUGGAAAAAUUCAAAUUUAAAAAGUUGUUAUUUUCGAAAACUUAAAAACUUAACUGUCAAUAAUUUCAUAUUUGCGCAAACCUCUGAACUGCAAACGUAAUCAAAAUUACCGAAAACUGUUGAGUCGUGAAAAGCAGGUAGUAGGCAAAGAAAAAAGCAUCGAUAUACGAGUAUACACGUAAAACCUACUUACACUAUCUACAUACAUACACAAAAGAUUAGUUUGUUGCAAACGAAACGCGUUAUUAAAAAAUAUAUAUAAACAAAUAUGAAAGUUAGUAGUGUUUGCCGCUACAAAUACCCUUCCUCUACAAGCCCUAUAAAAUCAUGCAAAUAUUAGUAACCAUAGCUGAAUAAAUGCAGCGCUUAGCAAGCAACAAUUGAUAAAAAAACAUCUAAAGAAUUAUUUGUCAAAAAAAGGAAGAAAAAUCGGCCGUUCGAAAACGAAUGUUUUAGAAGUAUAGAUUAGAAGUGUAAUUAAUUUCGUGAUAUUAUUUACAAAUGCUUCGUUUCUUUUUUGUAGAAAGAGCAUAUAAAUGUUUGUAUACGUGCAUACAUACAUACACGCAUACUCUUAGAUCUGCUUAAGGCUUUAAUUUAAGAUCAAACAAAUAUUUUGAUCUUUUUUUUUUUUUGUGUAGCUUCCACUUGAAUUACACACUUCUCCUAAUAAAUAAGAAAGUCUUCUAAAUACCAAAAAUAAAUAUUUAAUUAUUGCUCAUAGUGUGCAAUUGUUUUUCACUUUUAGUUUGCUUGUGCCACGAAAAUUAAGAGAAGCGCUUAAAGCAGUUUAAAAUACUUCAGGCAAUGUGAACAUUACGAAGGAAAAUCUAUAAAUAUUAAAUAUGUAGAAUAUGAGAAAAUGCAAUUUGUAAUUAUUUUAAGUACAAAAUAUUUCGCAGGCUCUUGCACACUUUUUUGUGGAAAUAUUUUUGAAAUAUUAGAAACUAUCUCUAAUUUCGAUUGCAAUACUGCUCUACUGUAGGCCUUGGCGCGCAUAAUAUUUAUAUUGCAUUGUGUGCGUUUGCCUCCGAUCAUGUCAUGGCCCAUGCAUCUGCAUUUGUGUAUACUAUUAAAUGCACUUGAUUAUACCUAUACUCCCCAAUAUAUGUACGUACGUUUUUUAUAUGAAUACUGCGGAAACGACUUAAUUUUAUAAAAGAGAGCAAACAUGAAAUUUUAGUUCUAAGUAAUGAUACAAUGCAAUUACGUUUAUUGGACUUAAAAAUUUUUUUUUUUUUGAGUCGAAUUUUUUUAUAUUUUUCAGAAAAUUUAAAGAUAAAUUGGUAUUUUGGCUGGCUGCAGAAUAGUAAAAUUAAGUAUUUCACAAAUUUGUAUGUGUGUACGUUAAUUGUAUUAUGCUAUGAAAUAUACAUUAAUAUUAAAAUAAAUAAAAUAAAAUGUUUCGCUUUUUCAAAGAAAUACAAAGAAAA